ACUCCCUCAGUCCAGCUCCAGCUCCAUCGAUGCCCACAAACCCCACACGCAUAAAGGAGGCGCCGUGACCAGCCAGCCAUGGAGCGCGGCCAACGCCCCCCGCGCCAGCAAUAAUACAACCCCCCCACCACCCGGCCCGCGCCUGCCCGUCGCCGGACAUGGGCAAGAAGGGCGGCGCCUCGUCCUGGCUCACCGCCGUCAAGCGGGCCUUCCGCUCGCCCUCCAAGGACGACGCCGCCUCGCCCGCAAGGAAGGCCUCGCGCCUCCGCGACCGCGACGACGCCCCCGCCGACGCCGACCAAGACAAGCAGGGGAAGCGGGAGCAGCGCCGGCGAUGGCUGUUCCGGAGGUCCUCCUCCCCGUCCCCGUCCCCUGCCCCCGCCGCGCCGGAGCACCCGGCCGUCACGGAGGAGCAGCGCCACGCCAUCGCGCUGGCGGUGGCGACCGCCGCCACGGCCGAGGCCGCCGUGGCCACGGCGCAGGCGGCGGCGGAGGUGAUCCGCCUCACCCUCCCCGGCGGCCUCGCCGCCCGCGAGCACUACGCCGCCGUCCUCAUCCAGACCGCCUUCCGGGGCUACCUGGCGCGCCGCGCGCUGCGGGCGCUCAGGGGCCUCGUCAAGCUGCAGGCGCUCGUGCGCGGCCACAACGUCCGCAAGCAGGCCAACAUGACGCUCCGCUGCAUGCAGGCGCUGGUGCGCGUCCAGGCGCGCGUCCGGGACCAGCGGAUGCGCCUCUCCCAGGACUCCAUGUCCCUGUCCAUGUCGCUGUCCGCCGCCGGCGCCGCCGCGGCGCCGUGCGGCAGCAGCAAGUCGUCGUACAGCGUCGACACAUCCACGUUCUGGGACUCCAAGUACACCCACGACUACGCCGACCGCCGCUCCGUCGAGCGGUCGCGCGACGGCAGCAGCUUCGCCGCCGACGACUGGGACGACCGGCCGCGGACGAUAGAGGAGAUCCAGGCCAUGCUGCAGACGAGGAAGGACGCGGCGCUCAAGCGUGAGAGGGCGCUGUCCUACGCCUUCUCGCAUCAACUUUGGAGGAACCCGGCGCCGGCGGCGGAUGAGAUGGACGUGGACGGCGGCGGGCAGCAGCCGCGGUGGGCGGAGAGGUGGAUGGCGUCGCGCGCGUCCUUCGACACGAACCGGAGCAGCAGCAUCCGCGGCGCGGCGGUGCCCGGGCGCGCGUCCAUGGACCACCGCGAGCCCGUGAAGACGCUGGGGAUGGACACGGCGCGGCCCUUCUCGUACUCGACGCCGCGGCAGCAGGCGCCGUCGUCCUCGCCGAUGCACCACCGCGGGCACUCGCCGGUGACGCCGUCGCCGGGGAAGGCGCGGCCCCCGAUCCAGGUCCGGUCGGCGAGCCCGCGCGUGGACCGCGGCGCGGGCGGCGGGAGCUACACGCCGAGCCUGCUGCACUCCCAGCGGCACCACCACCACCAGGCGGGGGCGGCGGUGCCCAACUACAUGGCGGCGACGGAGUCGGCCAAGGCCCGGGUGCGGUCCCAGAGCGCGCCGCGGCAGCGGCCCGCGACGCCCGAGCGCGACCGGCUCUCCGGCGGCGGCGGGAGCGCGAAGAAGCGGCUGUCGUUCCCGGCGGCGGCGGAGGCGUACGCGCAGUCCCUGCGGAGCCCGAGCUUCAAGAGCGCGGCGGGGCGGUUCUCGUCGGAGCAGCGGUCGACGGUGUCGUCGUCGUGCGCGGAGAGCCUCGGCGGGGAGCCGGCGUCGCCGUCGUCCACCACCGACCUCCGCCGCUGGCUCCGCUGAGGGCCGGCCGGCCGUCCGUUCUCCGUUGUAGCAGUAACGCCGCCUUUUGGCUCGGCAGACACGACCACGUGCCCCUGUAGCAUCAUCUUCUCUCUCGGUGUAAUUCAUGGCAGCUUUUUUCGAGCGAGC